GUUUUUCUAAAAGCAAUACUGAAAGAAGUGAGAAUUAUUAAUAUACGGAAGAAAAAUGUAUAACUCAAAAAAAAUUUUAAAUUGUGCCUCAACUUUGUCCAAAAGGAAUUUUACAUAUUGCAAUAAUGAUUUAACAAAGCAAUUUAAUGAUUUGUCUUUUAAGUUGAGGCAAAUGCAUACAACAGCAACGCGUCCGAUUUAUGCUGCAGCAAGUGCAUUACCUUUACCGAAUAAUAUUGAUGCUGCUGAAACAACACGCUUUUCUCCACAACGUUCUCGUGAUAUAUCUGCAACAGUAAUUUUAUCUAACUAUGGAAACACUAUGCCAUCUAUCGAUAUAACAGCUGAUAACUCAGUAAGCAGCAUGGGAAAUUCUAAUUGGGAUCCACAUGUGCAAUCUUAUGAUUGUUUUGGUGCUGUUAGUCUCAAUUCAGCAAUGCAAAGCAAUGUACCCACUCCUUUUGGUGGUAUGCACAAAUUCUCUCAUCUUAAUAUGCCUGGUGGUCAAUGGUCACAGGAGUAUAAAUUCACAUCACAGAACUUGCAAAGCCAUCAUUAUACCGCUUUACGUAAAAACGUUCGUUCAGGUUGGGUAGCAUACGACCAAAAUGCUGUUGUUGACAAAAAAGUAGACUAUGCAACUAACCCAUGGAACGUACAAUCUAAACGCAGCUAUUGCACCAAUCCGAAAACAGACACCGAACCAAAGCCGUUAAGUAAAAAGGAUCAAAUGAAGAAAGCCUUUAAGGAAUAUGGUACUACGCUUAUAGUAUUUCAUGUCGGCAUAUCACUUCUCUCACUUGGAAGCUGUUAUCUUUUAGUGUCUAGCGGAGUAGAUAUGGUGUCGUUUUUGGAGUACCUUGGAUUCAAAUCAUCAACACUGAAUAACAAUAUUGCAGCUGGCGCCAGUACAUUUGUGGUGUCUUAUGCUAUACAUAAAGUUUUUGCACCGAUCCGUAUUAGCAUCACAUUAGGAUCAGUUCCAUUCAUCGUACGUUAUUUACGAUCCAAGGGCAUUUUAAAACCAAAAAAUAUACCUACAAACUCAAAAGCAAAAGCAUAAAAAUAUUUAAUCACAUUUAUUCGAAAUUAAAGUGGAGUAUACACGCCACUAGAAGAACAUAUAUAUAUAUAUAUUCGUUAAGAAAUACAAAAAAGUUUAUGUAUUAAA